CAUUUCGCUAAUAUUAUUAUUAUUAACGAAACUUUAUAAGUUGCAGCUGUUAGAAAUUUCGAGCCAUUAGUAUUAAUAAAUUCUUUUGCAUAAUAAUAACAUGUUUGAUAAUAAAAUUAAUGGAACGUUAAAAAGGUCUCGACAGACGUACUUUUUGUAGCUAUAACAUCUUUUCAACAGAUAAGCAUAGAUAAAAAUUCAAAAAAUUUGAUGGAUCAUCUAGUAGAUUGAAAGGCUUAAAUUAUAUUAAUAAAAUAACAAAAUAUGACUGAAUCUUCGAAGAAAAUGGAAGAUAUUUACGAAGAAUUUACUAACCAAGUAGAUCGAAUUAAUUAUCUAAUUAAACAGUUCACUGAGUUAGAAGAAACGAAUGGCAAACAGAAAAAGGAUCGAUAUUACUGGAACUCACAUUUGUCUACUUUAUCGAUGAACAUUUGGGCAGGUCAGGUGAAAUAUUUGGAACUUCAAAAAAAAGAAGCUAGUCUUAAAAAAGCAAUAUCGAAGGCUACAAAUGUGAUUGAUCUUAAACAACAAGAAUUGAAAGAUUUAAUAACAAAAAGAACAACAUAUUUCACGAAACAAUGCGAUAAAUUUCGAAUUAAAGGCAUAAGGUAUACAAACAAUUUUCUGCAUGCACAGACAGAAUAUACAAAUAAAAAUUUACGUGAUAAAAUUGAAGAAUUUCAAAAGCAGUAUCAACAAAUGUAUAACGAAUUGCCAACGUUUGCAGAAAAAUUAUCAAACCUAGAAACAAUAUCAAACUCUGAAGAAACUGAAACAGCAUCGAAAGUUAAUUUCGUUUUGACGAAUAUAACGACAAUUAAUACUUAUAAAUUAUUACAAAUUACAUGUGCUCAAAAUAUGCUAAGAAAGCUGGAGAAUGAAAUUAAACAGAAGAGAAUGAUACUUAAUAAUGUUCAAAAUAAGUGAUUACUAAUAUAAGUUAAUAUAUAUUACUAUUAUAC